UUGGGUUUUCUUGGCGGUGCCUUUUCCUGCAGCCGGAGAGGACGAGAUUAGGCAGGGUUGAACGGCAGUGUUGCCCGCCCCUCUCUCUUUCUCUCUCUCUCUCUAUAUAUAAAACACAGACACGCUGGUAAGGUUUUUGGAUUGUGGAGAAGAAAAAAAAAAUCGCCCGCUGGUGCUCGAUUUCUUGCAAAAGUUCCGACUGGCUCAUCUGUCCUGGCAGGCAUGGACCGCUGGAGAGGGAGGGUGGCCCUGGUGACCGGCGCCUCGGUCGGGAUCGGGGCGUCCGUCGCCCGGGCUCUGGUCCAGCACGGCAUGAAGGUGGUCGGGUGCGCCAGGAACGUGGACAAAAUAGAGAAGCUUGCAGCAGAGUGCCAGAGCGCGGGCUACACCGGGACCCUCAUCCCAUACAAGUGCGACCUGUCCAACCAGGAGGAGAUCCUGUCCAUGUUCUCUGCCAUCAGGACCCUGCACCAGGGCGUGGACGUCUGCAUCAACAACGCCGGCCUCGCCCAUGCCGAGCCCCUGCUCAGCGGCAAGACCGAAGGCUGGAGGAACAUGCUGGAUGUUAACGUCCUUGCCUUGUCCAUCUGUGCCAGGGAAGCCUACCAAUCCAUGAAGGAAAGGAAUGUGGACGAUGGGCAUAUUAUCAACAUUAACAGCAUGAGUGGACACCGGGUGCUGCCGGCCUCUGGGGUGCAUUUCUACUCCGCAACUAAGUACGCAGUGACCGCGCUGACCGAAGGCCUGCGACAGGAACUGCGAGAAGCCAAAACCCACAUAAAGGUCACGUGUAUAUCUCCCGGCCUAGUGGAAACGGAAUUCGCCUUCCGGCUUCACAACAGCGACCCAGAAAAGGCUGCAGCAACAUAUGAAAGCAUAAAGUGUCUAAAAGCAGAAGAUAUAGCCAGUGCCAUUACCUUUGUCCUAAGCACCCCUCCUCACGUACAGAUCGGAGACAUUCAGAUGAGGCCUGUAGAGCAGGUGUCAUAGCAACCGAAGAGGGAGCAGCUGGCACAGCAGACAGGCCCGGCAGCCUAGGUUACUCCCGAGCGACCUCUGCUGGACAAAACCCGUUUAACAGGAUGGAAGGAUCAAGCUGGGAGACGCAGAAACUGGUUGUCUUUGCCUACUGGGGAACAGGCCCUCGCUGGUUUGAAAAGGAUGUACCAGUACAGUAUGAUUCAGAAUGCUGCAGGAAUAAAAUAUGUCAGUGUUGGUGUAUUUUUCGUCCUUUAAAAAAAAAAACAAAUUGGUGUUACUCCUACCGCAAGAGGUUAUGCACGGUCAUCAUUACAGUGAAAAUCAUACCGUCAAAUACAGAUGCUAGUUUUUCUCUUCCCUUUUUCCAUGUUUUAGGUCCUACUGCACAUUUUGUUUUUUUAAGAAAAAUAAAAACAGAUUCUGAUUUAGUAUUCACACUUAUUUUGUUUUUUGCUGAACAUCAGAGCAUCGAUUGUAGCUAGAUCUAAUUCUUACAUUAGUGAUAGGGGUUUAAUCCACUAGUAUUUGUUUUAACAGACCAUAAUCGCUACAAUAGGGCCUUUCCAGUCACCAGUAAAACAGAUAUGACAGAUUCCUAUGACGGUCACAUUCCCCUUAGCUGUCAAUAAAAGAUGGGGGGGAAACGCGUCUUAACCAAAUAUUUUAUAUCAAGACAACCUCGGCAGAUCGUCCUUGUGAUAAGACAAACCGGUUUGCACUUUGGCUCCGUUUCGUCUAAAACAAAACACUAAGGUCUGGUUUCAGACGCCGUUUCUAACCCAGUCGUGGGCACGUGUAUGAUUAAAAGUACUACUCUUCGUUGGCGUGUGGAUUGUAAUGAUAGUUAUUCUCAAUAAAUUGUUUUUUAUUGCCUCGUU